CAAGGUUCUUUCUUCGGCCACACAACUCCUCGUUUGUGGACGCGUUUCGAGCUGGUCAAUAGCCAUACUCGGCCACCCGCGUACUGGGUAGCUGAUGUCGAGAGCUCAGCAUGGCUCCCUCGACUACUCUUCCAGAAACAGCAGCCUCCAAAUCACCGGCAGCAAAACGUCCUACAACCUCCCUACUUCCUGCUUUUGAGCCUUUAUCUUCCUCACCGGCACUCCCAAGACCACUGAAACGUAGCAGAGAGGUCUUCGACGAGCCCGCGACGUAUCCCACGCCUGUCCCUACUUCUUCUACUCAUAUCCUCUCCUCGUCACCUAGUCGCGUGACGAACCCAAGAGCCGAUCUUGCGAGAACUUCUUCAACUUUAUCAGAACGUACACCACUCGGUACCGUCCCCUCAAUUCAGCUGAGUGGUGAUGGCAAGGUCACGCGUAUGGGAAGGUCGAGUGCCUCUUGUAACUACCAGUUCGCUGCAAACCGCUUAAUUUCUCGGGUCCACGUUGAAGCAUGCUAUAAAGGUGCCAGUUCGCGUCUCGAACGUGAUCGUGUCGAGAUAUCGUGUACUGGGUGGAAUGGUAUCAAAAUACAUUGCAAGGGCCGGGUAUACGAAGUUCAGAAAGGGGAAACAUUUUCGUCAGAUGUUCGAGAUGCUGAGAUCAUGGUCGACGUGCAUGACAGUCGUGUUGUUAUUGAGUGGCCGCCUAAGCAACAUCUAGGUGCUAUUUCGUCCGAUGAAGAAGAUGACGAAGCCUCCCCAACCAAACGACAGCGAGUUUUGCUUCGCCAUUCAACACCUCCCAGCCCUAGCCCUCUGCAAUCUCGACGACGACCUGUCUCGCCUGUGUCACCAUCACCAGCCGUUCAAGCAGUCCUACCGUCGUCACCACCUCUUAGUACGGAUCGAGUUCUUCAGACCGUCGAAAUAUAUGAAGAUCCAGAUCCCGUGCAAGAGGCCAACCAUAUCCCCGAUGCCACAAAUGUCUCGCAAUCAACCCGAGCACUUACAGAAAAUGUCCAGAACCCCACUGUCUCUCAGAACACUGAUUCCAGCCUAGGCGAGGAGUUCUCUGACAAUGACGAAGAAAAUGACCCCAUCAUUCACUCAUUUGGACCUUUCGGUGCUAAUCUACUCCCACGAAUGGCAUCUUUCACGGCAGGAGAUUCGCCCACCCCAGCUGAUUCCAACAAGAGUUCUCGAUCCUCGCGCACGGAGCCAUUGCAUCCAAAUCAGCCUCCAGCAGCAAUCAAGAAAGAGUCACCAACAGUUGAUAUCAAGGGCCAUAUCAUCAACCAGCUUGCCUUUUCAAGACUAUCAUCAACACCGUGGUCGACCAUCUUGAAUCACUUACCGUCUGAAGCGUUGUCGUUGUCAAUUAACGAAAUCAAGCAGGCUGUCAAAGAAACCUCAUGUAUUGGCGAGGUGGCACGAGAAGGUAAAGAUGCUGCAGGCAAGCCACUGGAGAGUGAGUUAUAUUACAUCCCGGAUCUCGACGAAGAUGAGAAGAGGAGGGAAGCUGUCGUCAAUGAUUUGAGAAAGCCAGGACUUCGAGCGUGCCGCAAGCAGCACAAGCAAUACUUCUGGCGCAAACCGAAAUAAGCUAUCGACGAUGUCGGUCGAAAUCGAAUUCCUCCUCGGCACGCCCAACCAAUAAAUGCUUUGAUUAGUAGCCCAGGCCGCAAAUACCUCUUCUCGACUUUUCUUUUUGCUUGUAUCCCCGUGGCUAUCAUAUUGUUGCAUGUCAUAAGUGGUUGCUCUUUGCCUGACGCCAAAGACGUACGUUUGUAUUGAGCAUUGAGCGAUUCUGCAUAGCGAAAGUGUACGGGCAGGGAUUCUUUUUAUUCGUCAAAAGCAGGGAGGCUCGAACGGACAAGGGUUGAAGCUGGGUUUUACUUACUCUACCCAGUACCUAGAAACAUAACCAGGGAGAAUAGCAGUCAAACAGUACAUCAGUGAAUGAACUUCUU